AUGUUUAACAGGAACGCGAACUUGUCAGCGCGCCGGCCGUUGCUCGCGGAACCGCAAAAGCCUAUUGUAGUCCCACCGCGGGCGCCACCUCGAGAUUAUGGCCCGCAAAGGCCUUUUCCAGCGCCUAGAAAGCUGAACGAAAACACAUACGAGAACCGACCGGAAUACUGGAAACCGUCGAACUUCGAACUCGAGAGACGCUUGCAGGAAAGUCGCGCCCGAGAAAAGGUCAGUUACUUCCAAGACAAAGUGACACCUCCGGAGCUGAGUUUGGAUCGUCGCGAGGCCGAACUCGUGUUUCGAUUCGACCCGCAUGCGUCGGCUGAAUAUUUAUCAAAUCAGUAUAGUGCACCUGCAGUGCAAUAUGCAAAGCCCACACCGCCGGCCAACGGCUUCAACCGUGUACCGGAGCGAGACGGGCCUUUUGUGUUCGGAGUUCAUAGCCCGAGUCAAUUCCCUCUAUCCCGCCGGGAUGAUGACGAUUACGACUAUUCUGAAGUGGCGGAUGAAAAUAAUCGCGCUGUGACAGACGAUGACGACUCGGGAGACAUGAAUUGCUGUGAUAAAAUGAAUGAGUGGACUGUGCGCGACAAAAAGGGUAAAAGCUCGUUAAAUCGGAUGUUCCAAAUCAAGGAUAGGAGGAAAGUGAAGUGUGGUAAGAAGGAGAAGAUUAAGUGUGUUCUGGUCGGUGACGGCGAGGUUGGGAAGAGUUCGCUGAUUGCGGCGUACGCCCAGGAUACUUUCAGCGAGGACUAUCAGCCGACGGCCUAUGACACAUUCAAUGUUGUGGUGGAUGUAGACGACAGGCCUGUCUGUGUGGAAAUCUGUGAUACAGCUGGUCAGGAUUCAAUGUCUGAACUGCGAGAACUCUGCUACCCGGGGACGGAUGUUCUAAUGCUCUGCUUCUCUGUGGUCCGGCCGGAGACGUUUAGAUCUGUGGCGAACAGGUGGACGAAAGCGGUUGCAAAUGUAAAGGCGCCCUUAAUUCUAGUCGGCACUCAGUGUGAUUUGGCCCUUGACGGGCGUAUGAUUCAAACUUUGAGAGCUCGAGGUGAACACGCUGUAACUGAAGCUGAAGCAAAAGCGCUAGCGGCCAAAAUAAACGCAGUGUACGUAGAAACAUCGGCAAAAACCAGAAAGCAGUUGAAAGACGCCUUCGACGCCGCCAUCUUGGCCGGGUUGCCAGUUAUAAAGUCAAAAAGACCACUUUGGCGAAAGCUAUUGUGCUUAAAUUAA